CACGAUCUCACCUUCAACCACCAUGUCAGGCCCUACCUUGUCGACGGAAAAUAACGCGUCCCACCGCAGGCGCGUUUUACCAGCAGACAACCCUAGUAUUCAAGCAUUGGAGGCGCGAGCUAAGAAACGCGCGGAGCAUUCAGCACAAAGACGAGAAGAGGCCGAAAUAAUCAAGAACCAAGGAAACGAUUUUUUCAAAGCCCAAAAAUAUGCCGAAGCAGCGCAGAAAUACUGCCAGGCUCUGCACAUCGGUGGUCCCAAAGCCGUUAUCAUGUGCAAUCUCGCCGCAGCAUUUCUCAAGCUUGAAUUCUAUGAUUUAGCUGAAGAGGUAGCCAAUCAAGCAUUGAUACGCGAUCCCGCAAUGCAAAAGGCUCGCUACAGGCGUGGAAUGGCUCGAACAGGUCUGCAUAGGUACCGUGGAGCGUUAAUUGAUUUUGAAACCAUUUUGAGGUCUGAUCCAGAUUCCGAGCAUAUCUUAUCCGAAGCACAAGCAGCUCGUGAUGCCUGUUUUGAGGGCCUUUGUUCAAUGUCCGAUGAUAGUUGUGCUUCUUCAGAAUACGAGGCUCCAUCUGAAGACCGUGUCAAGGACGAUUCUUCGACAAACUCGGAUUCCAGCGAUUGCCAUCAUAUUGGCAACGGGAUCGCUUGUCGCUACUAUAACCACGGUGGCUGCAGGCGUGGCGAAAGCUGCGCUUUUUCCCAUGCUCCGGAUGAAAAGAGCGUACGGGAUAAUCUUGGAAAGAACGUCUGCCUAUACUUUCUUCUCGGCAAUUGCAAAUUUGGUGAUGCCAAGUGCAUAUAUUCUCACACAAGGCUUUACCUCCGUGAAGACGGCUUCUGGAACUACGAGGAAGCCACUGCAGUGCUGAGGUAUAUAUACGAGAUAAAAACAGAGGAAGAAAGGAUGGAGCGUAGGUUGAUGCGCAAUCCUUUUCGACUGGUACCUCGCGAUGUUCCCUAUAACACCGUCCCCGGGGGUCGGGCCUCGUCUCGCAGCGUUGCUGAUAAGAUCCGUUCCCGAGACUUCCCUACAAGCGCGCAGGCGUCUGGUUCAGGCUCCUCUCAACCCAGGGGCAAAGCGAAAGGGAAAAAGAAGGCUUCAUCGUCAUCAACGUCCCCCUCUGCGCCUACCCCCUCUUCCUCGAAAGCGCCCUCUGACCUCAAAGACCCAUUCGUCCUCAUUCUUUCACUUUCACACGUAGAGUACUAUUCCAACAUCUUAUCCCACCUGUUCUCUGCCUUGAAAGCGAAAAUUAGCACCAAACAGGCGUUCACAGCGAGCAGUGCAUUGCAACUACUCUCGUCAUCUCAACUUGUCGGCGUUUUGGUCACGGACGCGGGUAUCGCAUCGCGUCGACAUAUGAAUGUACUCACGAAGCUCGUGGAAUGGACACAGGCUGGUGGAUAUGUCGUGGUCGGGGGAAUGUUCAGCGGCAAUAUCAGUGGAACAGACAUGGGUCGCUUUUUCGGUUCUAGUUGGGGCCUUCCGUGGAGGAUGGGAUCAUAUCAUCGAACCACAUUUGCUCGCAAUGAAGAACAUAGCACUGCCAAGCAGAACCCUUCCCUGCCAUCUUCCUACAGCAUGAAAGCUGUUCAUCUCAAUGGAUUGGAUCCGUCUACAGCACUCUAUAAGGCGACGACAAACUCCCAUAUUGAAUCUCUGGUCUUCGCCGCUACUCCCAUUGAAAAUCUGGCCGAGGCUCCUGCUGCUCAAACGCGUGUAGGCAACGGCUAUUUUGGAUACCUGGGUGACGUCAAUGGGGAGGAUCUAUCAACACCCGUAGUCCUGGCGAUGCUGGGCCUUCUUGACCAAAAACACCCAGCCCCGUUGGCUUCCACAACAGGUGCUCCUAGCAGAUCUGCGGCCGCUCGUCCGUCACCGUCGACCAAAUUCAUUCUUCUCCUCUCCUUGGAGAAUAAAGACCAUUUCGACGAGAUUUAUGCUGACUUCCUUUGCGCCCUGCGAUCCAAGGCCCGCGUCGAGAGGGCGCUAACACAAAGCGAAGCCUUGACGUUCCUCGCUUCUUCAGACCUCGGAGGAGUCUUCGUCACAGGUCCUAGCGUGACUCAACAGAAACACAACUCCGUUCUCACCAAAUUGAUAGAAUACACAAAGGCCGGCGGGUUGGUUGUUAUUGGUGGUCUAUUCAGCACGUCCAUCAGCUCUCUGGAAAUGGACGGGUUUUGGUUGAAAUGGGGGCAGCCUUGGAAGAUGGGCUCGUAUCAUCGCGAGACAUUUUUCCGUAAUGCGAACAACGCAACUGUUCAAGUCAACCCAUCUUUGUCAAAACACUAUAGCAUGAAGGCUGUCUACCUCAAGAAUGUUAAUUCAUCUGCGGCUAUGUACAAGGACUCGGAUCAGAGCGGAGAUAUUGAGUCGCCUGCUAUUCAUACGAAAUUGGGGUCAGGCUAUCUGGGCUACCUGGGUGACGUGAACGCAGAAAAGAGCUCAACGAAUGUUCUGCUUUCAAUGCUGGGCUUGUUGGAUUUCCGGUAUGACGCUCCCCCUACAAGCUCUGCAUCAUCAUCGCCUGCCACUGGUUCAGGCAGAAGCCAAUCCGUCGUGCGCCGCCCAAAUCAAUCGACUAAUAGUUUCAUUCUUCUUAUCUCGCUUGAGAAUGAACCUUUCUUUGAAGAUAUCCACAAGAAUCUUCUCACGGCUUUGCGAUCCAAGCGACGUGUCGUACAAGCAUUAUCAGCUGACGAAGCCAUUCAGUCGCUCGCAUCCCCUGACCUCACGGGUGUCUUCGUGACGGACCCGGGGAUUAUUCGAAAGAAGCAUAAUCGCGUCCUGACAAAGCUCGUCAACUAUACAAAGGAUGGCGGUUUGGUCGUGUUCGGAGGGUUGUUUAGUUCGGUCAUACGUCCUCCUGAGAUGGACAAGUUCUGGUCGACGGCGUGGGGUAUCUCUUGGAGGAUGGGGAGUUAUCGUAGAGAGAUGUUUUACCGCCAAGGGAACGAUACUCUCAAGUCUUCAAAAUGCUUACCCGCAUCGUACAGUAUGAAGGCCGUGCACCUCAAGGGGAUCAAUUCUGCAGCUGCAGUGUACAAGAACCGGGAUCAGCAUGGAGAGUUGCAGGCUCCUGUCGUGCGGAUGAAGUUCGGAAUGGGCUAUUUGGGUUACUUGGGAGACGUUAAUGCCGAGGACGAAUCGACGAAAGUUGUUCUUGCUAUGCUGGGUCUUCUUGAUAAUAAUAACUGACGUGUGAAUCCUUCGUUCUCUGAUAGCAUCUUGUGGGUUGUUUUAGUUUAAUGUGCUUUCUGGUAAUACAUUACGGUAUGUAAUAAUUGUUGUCCUCCCCCCCUUGUACGCUUCUUUAUAUUACAUAGCGGCGAAAAUCGUUAUGUACUUGGUAUCAUGGGAACAAGGGGAAUACAAAUAAAGGUUAUGGCGACCGUC